UCCUUGAUACAUUAUUGAGUGAUCAUUGAUCCAUCUUCAAAAUUGGCAAGGUACAUUUGGUCUAGUUCUUUCCUUUCUUCCACUCACAUUUGCUCGAGUCUUGUGAUGGAUAGGCGAAGCAUUUCAUAUCUGGUCUUCCACGACAACGACGGUGCAAACAACUACAUCACCAAAACGUCCAUCUUCGGACUACAACGAGCAAUGCAAGGCAUUGAGCGACUCGCCGUCGACAUUCACUAGAGCAAAGCAAGGAAAAGGGACUACUUCGACACCAAGUUGGAUGAACAAAUGGAUCAAGUAUGAGACUUGGUGGCCAAAUAUAAGUCUUCUUCCCCUUCGUCAUCUUCACGGCGCAGACGCACAAGUCGCACACCUUCAGAGCGGCCACAAGAUGCAAGUACCACGCGGCACUGUCAAGCAAACCUUCAUGAGAACAAGAGAAGACCGCGAGUCGAGCACCAACAAGACGAAGCUAUGACUACUACCACCACUUUGGCAUCUUCGUCAAGUGUUAUCAGGGCAUCUUCGCCUUUGGACGUACGGCAUCUUCGCCUACCUCCGACGAGUACGCCUACAUUGGCCUUCAUCCACGGCGAUGAUGACGAGAUGAUCGAGCAUGCGACUUUCCCUUCCUUCAUGGAGGAGCGCGAUGAUGUGCCAUCUUUGGCAUUCAUCCACGGCGACGACGACGAGAUGGUUGAGCAUGGGAUUUUCCCUUCAACCACGGCGACGUAUGAUGACUUGAGUGACUUGUGCCACCAUAUUGAGAGCGAGAGUGACUUCACCACUAGCCCCAUAUAUGAUGAGUUGCCACAAUUCCCAUGUGAGGAGAGCCACAACCCCCACCACUUGACUGAGAUGAGUGAUUCCACCAUAUGUGAUGUUGAGUCCACCUAUUUUGAGGGAGUGAGUGAACAACCACAUAGAGAGAGUGUGAUAGUUGAUUGGGCAUGUGAGGCCACUAUGAUUUCUAACGACUUAACCUCUACAUCCAUUGUGUCUUCUCCUUUGGUGCUAGGUCCCAUAUAUGAUGACGCGCCGAUUCGCGACGACUUCGUCCUUCCUUUGGACAAGACGAUGGCCAUGGUGGCAUAUGAUGCACCCCCCACAUGGUUCCAUCAAGAUGAAGAUGACCACCAUUUGGUCUUUGCCACCUCACCUACACAACAUGAGCGGAUUGAGAAAGAUACCCAUACUUACUCGUCAAGCUCGCAAGACCAUGAGUUGACGAAAUGAGCUCUAGAGAGCAACGAUUCCUUGGGAACCCGUGAGAUGUAUCACCAACCGUUUCCUCCGUGCAAUGACUCCGCGCAUUCGUUCUACAUGACCCUCACUUGGUUAUGGGUUAUAUACCACUUCUCACUUUAUGCCCAUAUUACCUUGUUCACUUUGCAUGAUAUGCUCAUUUCUAUAUAUUUGCCAUGCAUUUGUUACCCAUGCUUUGCAUUACACAUGAUGAUCGAUUCUAGUACUUGUAUGUGUAUUUGCAAGCUUGGUGGAGAUAUUGCUUGUUCUUGCCAUGUUUAUUUGGUGAUCCAUUCCUCUAAUGAUACAUUGAUCUUGCUUUGUAAUCGUGCUUGUGAUAUGUCAUGUGCAUUGCAUAUGCCUAUUAUUUGCUCACAUGACAUGAUUGCCAUGAUUUCCUCUAGUAUGUUGCAUCUUUGCACUACUAGCCUACACGACUUGCUUCCUAUGAUUGCUUGCCUUGUCACAUCACCGAUGAUUCAUACUUGUUCUUUUAAUGCGGUUGAUAGCCACUAUUGCCAUGCUAUAUUCACUACACCCCAUGCACGUUACGUUUGGAUUGUCUUGCACUUGCCCCAUGUGUUUAGACAUUUCAUUUCAUUUGGUGUUGUUAAUGACUCUUAUGCCUACCAUAGACCGUUCAUUGAGAGUCUUAUGCAUGCUUGUUUCCAUGAUAUCCUUGAUUUUGCUCAAUUUAUGUGCUUACAUGACAUGUCACCAUCCCUUGUCACACCAUAUGCUAUGCUUGAUGAUGACACUUGUUUGGUGAAUAUCCACUUGAAUGCUUGGUUUUGCACUAACGCUAACCACAUUGUUUUUCCAAGUGUUUGUUAUACUUGCUCCUUUUGAAGGAAUCAUAAGACGGUGCGACAUUGGAUAGUGCCAUUUUGAGCUUCAACAUGACAAGUGCUUGGUGGUUGUCCACUUCUACACGGCGACGCCCUCUCUUUCCGACGGUGAUGAAGAUCACGAUCCAUGGACGGAUCUCUCCCAAGGGGGGGCGAUGAUGCGGAGCAUCCCUCGCCCAUCCACAUGGACACGCCAUCACCACCGCAAGCACCGAGAGGACCGAUGACAAGAGCACGUGCACGCACCAUCGAGAACGAGGUCAAUUCUUUCCUCUUCGAGUCUCGUUCGGAAUCGCACAUGAAUUGGGUUCUACCUCAAAUGGAUUCGUUGUGCCUUCUUAGGUACCAAGGACUUGACCACGAAGAAUCUAGGAGGGAGACUCGUGCACACAUCAAGGAAGGAGAAGGAGGGAAGCAUCAAGACGUGCGAGGAGACGGAGUUCCUGGACACCCUGGGUGCCCGGACACGAAGCCACGGAAGGGCCAAGUCCCCUGGACACCCCUGGUGCCCGGUCGCAUCGACCCCGGGUGCCCAGCCCCUGCUUUGGCGUCACGCCUGCCUACCCCGGGUGCCCGGCCACUUGCCCAGCCGCCGCCUGGGCCGCACCCCGGGUGCCCGGCCUCAUGGCCCCGGGUGCUCGGCCUUCCCCCUGGUUCGGCCCAGCCUCGCCCGGGUGCCCGGGCUCUCACCCCCCGGGUGCCCAGCCCUCCUCGACGCGCCAAGGCCGGUGCCCCUGACCAGUUCGGGUGCCCGGGCCCUCAAACCCGGGUGCCCGGCCAACUACUGCCGCGCCCACCUCCGGGUGCCCGGGCCACUUGACCCUAGGUGCCCCGACUACUCCGAAUUGUGUGCGAUUUCAGGGUCAUUUUGGACCUUUGUAUCCCACCCGCCCCCCAAUUUCGUCCCUAGGCUAUAAGUACUCUCCCCCUAGCUCAUUUAGAGGAUAGCCAAGUAUUUGAUAAACAAAGUGAGAUCUUUGCUCAUCUUCCUCCUUUUGGAGAUCUAGACCUCCUCUUGGAGAUCAAGCCCUCCUCUUGGAGAAGCUCCUAUUGGAGAUCAAGCCCUCCUCUUGGAGAAGG